AUGUCCCGACAGACAGAAGAUAUACAGACAGAGGAAGCUGUCACAGAUCUGACGAAUACACCAGCAGUUGAGGCUGAUUCAGGAGGCAUCUCCUUGGAGGAAUUAGCUCAGAACCUUCUGGUGGCCGAAGAGGCACAUAUCUCAACGAACUACCCUCCUUUCAUUGAAAGAUUCACCCUCGACACUUUAGACCCGAGACUGUUUGCGAGAAUCUCUAGUGCUGUGCCCGAGAUGGCAAACAGACUUUCGGUCAACCAAUGCAUCAGAGGUGGACACGUUGAUACUAGGAAAAAUAACGCUGCCGGUUAA